AUGACCCUCACUUUCUGCCUUUUUUUUUUCCAAGUUGUGACCGGUGCCACCGAUGGAAUUGGACGAGCGUACGCAGAAGAGUUGGCUUCUCACGGGUUAAACAUCGUCUUGAUUAGUCGCUCUCCUUACAAACUGCAGAAUGUAGCAGCCGAAAUUGAAUCACAGUAUAAAGUGAAAACGAAAAUCAUUGAUGUGGAUUUCACCAGUGGAAUUGAGAUCUAUGACCGUAUAAAAAAAGAAAUCGAAGGCCUGGAAAUCGGCGUUCUUAUCAACAAUGUUGGUAUGUCAUACGCGUACCCGGAAUAUUUAGCUGAGGUUCCCAAUGCGACCGAAUUUUCUCAAUCUCUGAUCAACUGUAACGUUGUUUCAGUGACCCAAAUGUGUAUCCUGGUCUUGAGACAAAUGGUGGAACGCAAGAAGGGAUUGAUCUUGAAUGUAUCCUCGGCUUCCGCCGUUCUUCCGACUCCUCUUAUGACCAUGUACUCCAGUACAAAGGCUUACGUCUACAAAUUCAGUGAAGAUUUGGCCUUGGAAUACGCUCCGUUCGGCAUCACAAUCCAGUGCGUGUUGCCUGGUUUCGUGGUCUCCAAAAUGAGUCGUUAUAAGAAACCUGCUUUCAGAAUUCCUCUACCUAGAGAUUUCGUCCGUGGCCAUAUGAGAACCUUGGGUUUGGAAUUCGCUUCAGCUGGCUUUUGGGUCCAUAAAAUUCUGCUGGGCUACUACACUAAAUUGAAUACGGUGUCGCCCUCUACUGUGGUUAAUGUGACGUUCACCAAUUUGAGCGGUACGCGUCAACGUGCUCUCAGGAGGCUCCAAAUGCAGCGCGAGCAACAAGAAAACGGCAUCGACACCGCCAAGGACAAAUAA